AUGAAUACCGAUGAGAGCCAUCUCGAAAAGAAGCUGCCCAAAAAAGAAGUGCGAAGAAUCGAAGAGAUUACUCGCAAUACAAAGUCCCGAAAACCCCUUCCGGGAGUAGAGACCGGCUUCGACGAAUAUGGGCCCGAGGACAGCAACAAAGGACUGUCAGACUUCACGUUAUAUGCAAGCAGUCUCAGCAAUAAAGAAAAACAUCGCUACCACAAACGAACCGGUCGGAUGCGAUCAUUUUUCGAAGAUGUAAGGUUUGGCCAUCGGAGCACGAUAAUGGACGACUUGGUGAGUUCAUCGCUAACAGCGACCUCUUUUAAAGCAGCUGGUUAUGCUAGGGCUACAGAUCAAGAGGAUGCAAGUGGAAACUCCGAUGGAUCUCAAGAUAGGACACUUGUCUUUUUUAAUUUCUCUGGGUUCUACGUAUUGCUAUGGAUGGUAAUAGCUUUCAUUGUUUUGAGACUGAGUGUUGACUAUUACAUUACUCAUAAUGGAGAUCUCUCGCAGUCAGAAAUCUUGAAGUUCAUGACCACAGAUCUGGUAUCCGUUGCCUUAAUUGAUUUGGCCAUGUAUUUGUGCAUUUAUUUCGUGCUGCUUGUACACCUGGGAUGUAAAAACAGGUGGAUAGCAUGGAAGAGAACCGGUCGCUAUGCGACCUACGCUUAUGAGGUUGGGUUCUUGUCAUUUUUCUUGUACGUCGCCGAAACAGUGAUGCAAUUCCAUUGGGUUGCGAAGAUCUUCAUCUUUUUACACUCUUUGGUAUUGCUCAUGAAGAUGCACUCAUUUGCACUUUACAACGGUUACUUAUGGGGCAUUUUAGAGGAGCUGGAGUUUUCCAAGAAGACACUUGCGAGGUCUAAGGACAUAGCCAUGGACGGUAGCUUCAAGGAAGCUUUAAAGAAAAGUUGUGAGUUUUGUGAGUUUGAACUUGACCUACAGUCCACAGACGUACACUUUCCGGCAAACAUGACUUUGAAGAAUUUUUUUGAGUAUAGUGUAUUCCCAACCGUUGUUUAUCAGAUUGAAUACCCAAGAACCGAGCGUAUCAGAUGGUCCUACGUUUUUGAAAAAUUGUGUGCGAUCUUCGGCGUAAUAUUUGUUAUGAUGAUCAUCGCACAGUUCUUUAUGUACCCGAUUGCUAUCCGUGCUAUGGCAGUACGAGAUGCCGGAAUGCCUAUUUUUUGGGAUCGAAUUUUCGAAUGGCUGUACCUUUUGCUAAAGUUGGUUCCAAGUUUCAUCAUCAUGUAUUUAUUAGUUUGGUACUUGAUCUGGGAUGCAAUUUUGAAUUGUAUUGCUGAACUAACAUGUUUUGGUGACCGGUAUUUCUACGGCGACUGGUGGAACUGCGUAUCAUGGGAUGAAUUUAGCCGUCAGUGGAACGUCCCCGUCCAUAAAUUCUUACUGAGGCACGUAUACCACAGCUCUAUUAGUUUCCUGCAGUUGAACAAAUUGCAGGCAACCUUGAUGACCUUCUUGCUGAGCUCCGUUGUGCAUGAGUUGGCCAUGUAUGUGCUAUUUCGGAAGUUGAGAUUCUACCUCUUCAUUCUACAAAUGGCACAGCUUCCUUUAAUACAAUUAGGUAACUCCAGGUUUUUGAAAUCUAAAAAGGUUUUGGGAAAUGCCAUUUUUUGGCUUGGAAUUUGUACAGGUCCCAGUCUCAUGUGCACCUUGUAUCUGACUUUUUGA